GGUUGAGUGCGCACCUCCCAACGCAGUUUUUAAGUAAUGCUGUCAGCCCAGUGUCGUAUUACUUACAUUCCAGUCUCCUAUUCACCUUUUAAUUGUAGUCCUCCAGCAGGACUCGGGAGUGGCUUUUGGUGACCUCAGGGUGCGCCCUGAGCGGCUGACACGCAGAGCUGCGCAAUGAUCGAGGAAAAUAGGAUGUCUAAGCGAGUCAGACCCGGCUAUUACCGCCAAGAAGUCAACAAAACCUCAUGGGAAGUACCGGAGCGGUACCGGGAUCUGAGGCAGGUGGGGACUGGAGCGUACGGGACGGUAUGCUCGGCAGUGGACUCCAGAAUAGGAACUAAAGUGGCCAUCAAGAAGCUCUACAGGCCUUUCCAGUCGGAGCUCUUCGCCAAGCGAGCCUACAGGGAGCUGAGGCUUCUGAAGCACAUGAAGCAUGAAAAUGUGAUUGGCCUAUUAGAUGUGUUUACUUCUGCCCUCUCCCUGGACAUAUUCCACGACUUUUAUCUGGUGAUGCCGUUCAUGGGGACGGAUCUGGGGAAACUGAUGAAGCUGCAGAGGCUGUCGGAAGAAAAAAUUCAGUAUUUGGUUUAUCAGAUGCUCAAAGGGCUUAAGUAUAUUCAUUCUGCUGGUAUAAUUCACAGAGAUCUCAAACCAGGAAAUCUCGCCAUCAACCAAGACUGCGAGCUCAAGAUCUUGGACUUUGGUUUGGCACGGCAGACUGACACCGAGAUGACGGGGUACGUGGUGACUCGCUGGUACAGAGCCCCAGAGGUCAUCCUGAGCUGGAUGCACUACACUCAGACUGUGGACAUUUGGUCUGUGGGCUGCAUCAUGGCAGAGAUGCUGCAAGGAAAACCUCUUUUUAAAGGCAGCGACCACCUAGAUCAGCUGACUGAGAUCAUGAAGACCACAGGAACACCGACUCAGGAAUUUAUAACAAAACUAGAAUCCGAGGAAGCCAAAAGCUACAUCAAAAGUCUUCCAAAGGUGGAAAAGAAAGACCUACAGAAGGUGUUUUCCACCACUGAACCACAGGCUGUGUCUGUGCUGGAGCGCAUGUUGCUGCUGGAUCCGGAGAGCAGGGUAAGCGCUGCAGAGGCUCUCACGCUGCCGUACUUCUCCGAGUUCAGAGACCCAGAGGAGGAGACAGAAGCGCAGCCGUACGACCACUCACUAGACAACACAGACCUGCCCCUUAACCAGUGGAAACGUCACACCUUCACAGAGAUCUUGACUUUCCAACCAGUUGUGCCAGAAUCCAAGGAAACCUCACUGUGAGACACAAAGAGUUGGUUAUGCAGCCCGUGGACCACAACAAACUAACAAGUCUUUUCUCUUGACCCCAACUGGGAAAACUCUUUUAUCACAAGGCUUAAUGAAUGCCCAUGGAUCCAGUUCACAAUUCUCUUAUAAGUGCAAGAUGCUGUGUUUUGGAGCUUCCAGCUUGCUUCCUGACUCUAGCAUCAAACAUUUUCAGCAUGUCCUACAGUGCUGAGGAUGCUGGCUCAGUUGCUGUACAACAGGUCAUAACUUUGUUUGAUGAGUAACUAAGUCAUCAAGGAGUUAUGGGUUGGAAUACUUGAGUUACUUAUCCAAGUUGUACAUGUACGUUGUAGGAGUUGUGUUGUAUCACUACCUACCAGUUGCUAUCAAAUACAAAUCAAGAAAGAGAAGACAGAAAUAUUGUAGUCAAACUAAUACAGAAAUUAUUCACGGAUCCUGGUUAAAUUCAUUGUUUAAUAAGGAUUUGAAUGUCAUUUCUAUCAGUGGUAUAAGCAUAAUUUAAAGGUUACAGAUCCAGGACAGUACAUGAUGCAACAAAUAGAGCUCAAUUUAAAAUACUGAGAAUUACUUUGAUUGACAGUAUUUUUUUUUGUAAUAUAUUAUUUUGUGAUGUAGCAUCCCCUGUAGCGACUACAUGUCCUUAAAAGACAUUUGAUCAAUGGGAUGUCCUUGUGAAUAUGUGUGUGUGUGUGUGUGUGUGUGUGUUACAUGUCUGCUCUGACCUCGUUAUUCCUCCCAGUGGCCUUAAGAGAACAACAUAACAAAAAUACUGCUAAUCAUUCGAGAUCCAUCCUAGCAGGUUGUGCACAAACAUUCACAUUCUGAUUUCAUACCAAAAACAAAUGCUACAUGUUCCAUUAUGUUUUUUUUUUUUUUUAAAGAAAGUAGCACAAAACACAUUGACUAUGAUGAUUUUGUGAAUUAAUGUUUCUUCAACCACUCGUGCAUUUUUCAUUAAAGAUUCUC